CACUGGGUGGCUGUGACAAGGAGACGAGAUGCCAGAGGGAGACAAAUAGAAGCUUGGGAAUUCUCGCCACUUUGUCAUGGGCCCUCGGGGGUCGAUCGAGUGGCACCAGCACUAGCCAAGCAAAGGAGACGGAAGACAGACGGGUGGAAGGAACACUUACUCAAGCAGAAGGCUUCUUAUAAGGAGGAGACUGGUCCAGCGGGAGGCAAAUCGUCAGCGUGGCGCCCUCUACGAGCAGAAAGGAAGAACAAGAGCAUCGGCCGUGUGGCGAUUCCUCGUACAGGGCCGGCGAGAUGAAGAGACCUCACGACUACAGCUCCGAGGAGUCGGACACAGACGAGCUGAUUGACGUGGGACAGGAGGACAGCUACUGCCCAGUCACCGGGUCCAUGUCCCCUGGCAGCGCUUCACAGAUUCUGGCCCGAAAGAAGAGAAGGGGGAUCAUAGAGAAGAGGCGCAGGGACCGGAUCAACCACAGCCUGUCUGAGCUAAGGAGGCUGGUACCAAGUGCCUUUGAGAAACAGGGCUCCUCUAAAUUGGAGAAAGCAGAGAUUCUGCAAAUGACUGUGGACCACCUCAAGCUUCUGCAUGCCAUGGGUGGGAAAGGGUACUUUGACGCGAGGGCCCUGGCAGUGGACUACAGGACUCUGGGCUUCAGGGAGUGUGUUGGAGAGGUGGUGCGGUAUCUCAGCUCCCUUGAAGGAGACUCCCCAGACCCGAUUGGAGCCCGCCUGGUCACCCACCUCUCCCAGUGUGCAAGCGAGCUGGACCCCCUUCUCCUUCAGUCGCCCCCAAGCUCCACUUUGCCCUUCCCUCCUUGGCCCUGGGUGUCCUUCCCCCAGAUGUCCUCCACCCUGCCACCCGCUUCCUCCUCCCCGCCGUUCCCCAGCGGGCGGAGGGAUAUCGCCCUGAUGGGGAGCUACCCCCCACCCGCCUCCCUCCGUCUCGCGCCGCUGGUCGGCUGCCAGCAGGGGAUGCCACCUCUCCUACCCCCCACUGCACUGGUGAGCGUUCACAGGCUGCCAUCCCUUGCCGCGUCCCCAUCUUCAGGCCCGUCCAGGCCCACCCAGGCCUCCCCACACAGCAGGACCUCACCUCUCCCGCCCGCCCCUUCCGCUUCCUCUCCACCAACCGCACCGCCCCUCAUCUCUUUCAGACCGUUUGCACCUCUGGGGUCUCCCACAGUCCAACGCAGGGGCUUGAGUGGCAAGUCGGGCCAAGGAUGGGGUACUGAAAUUGGAGCUUUUUGAAGACUUUGAUCAAAUCCCAAAUGAACUAUGCAGAAGCAUUUGAGGACAGUCUGUGUCUUUUUACGACUCUACAAGCCAUAUGAGACUGAACCUUUGAGAUAAUGAAAAACAACGACCAUUAACAAAUAGAAGAAUGUUCAACAGAGCCAUAUGUGGAUGUUUAACUCAGAUUAUGGAUUUUUCAACUGUGACGUUUGUAUUAGUUCCCAAAAUCAUUUAUACAUAAGAUUAUUGUGUAUGGAAAAUAAUGUUUUGGAUAAAAAAAUGACAUAAAGACAAAGUGCCUUUUCA